CUGAACAAAGACGACGGCAGCCACAACCGCGGCACCAGCGGCGGGGCAGAAACGUCCUCUAAAAUGGCGGACGGCGCGCGGCGGGCAGGCGGGGCUUCCGCUGGCGGAAGGCCUCAGCGGCGGGGGCGGGGCUGCGGCGCCCGUCGUCCUCAUGGCCGUGCCGGACCCUGGCGAGCCCGGGAAGGGGAAGCCCUUUAAGCUCCUAGGAAUUUUAGACGUCGAAAAUAUUCCUUGUGCACGUGAUUCAGUAUUAUACGGCUCAUUAGGAUCUGUUGUGGCUGGCCUUGGACAUUUUCUGUUAACAAGUAGAAUUAGGAGAUCAUGUGAUGUUGGAGUAGGAGGCUUUAUCUUGGUGACUUUCGGGUGCUGGUUCCAUUGUAGGUAUAAUUAUGCAAAGCUAAGGAUCCAGGAAAGAAUUGCCAGAGAAGGAAUUAAAAAUAAGAUUUUAUAUGAAAGUACCCACCUUGAUCCUGAAAGAAAACAAACCAACACCAACAGCAGCAAGUAGAGUCCUGAGCACACCAAGUACAACCCUCUGAAGCCGUGUGGAUGAGCUGAGCUCAGCUCUGUAAAACACUGUAUGUGCCAUAAUAAGGCUUUCAGUCCAGCAAAUAAAGUGUGUGUAAGUCCUA